UCACCUUCACCCCUUCUUUAUGUCCACCAGCCUCCCCUCAGUCACCCCAGUAGGCCCUGAUUUCCAUUGUCCCUUAAAAUGAAUGGUGAUGCUGAAAAUAUGCUUCUUUCCUCGCUCUGGUUCCUUAUUCUUGUCAUCUUCUAUAUCCACCUGUCUAUUCUCGUACCUGUCCGAUAUUUAAGCAGGUAACUCCAGUGUUUAUGCUCGUGUGUGUUAAGUUUUCCCUUGGUAAUGGCUGGGAACACCUCUACCCAGUCCAGUUCAGGUGAUAAUGUUUACUGUGGCGGCAUUCACACACCUGAGCGUGCCCACACCUGAGCCGCUCGUAGCUGUUCACUGCGGAGAGGACGUAAAAGUGUCAGGGUUGUCACGGCACCCUUCACACUCGUCUCUCUCCUUGUCCCUUCCCUCCCGUCCCGCCCCCCCCGCUGUAGAUGCUCCAAUCUAUCAGGGCGAGGUCAGUCCGCGGAGAUGGGAUGCUGUAGGAAUUCCAGGGACCAGCAAGGCAUCUGGAAGGUCGGGGUUUCCCAGUGAUGACAUCAUUCUGUUCCCAGCGCCGCUAUCGACCCGCAGCGGCCGCCCCCCAACCCCGCGCCAGACGUCUUGGCCAGGAAGAUACCCAUCUCUCCGCAACUGCAUCCCUUCACCGCCUUCCUUGACCCUUAGACUCGGUAUUUGUGGGGCAUGUUCAUUGCAGGAUUCAGGAAAGGGUUGAGUUAAGGAGGAGGGAGGGAGGGCGCCAGGACAGAGAGUCUUGCAGGGCGGUGGGAGGCGGCGGCCGGAGCCUGCGUGCUGGGCAGUUUAGUCCACGUGAUUCCAGAGCUCCGCCUCAUAUAUACUUCCUCCCUCCAUCUGGUAGCUCAGUUUGUGUCCCGCCGCCCGCCAGCCGCCCCUAGCACAGCAGCGGGACGCGACAUCUCGUGUGAUUUGCGUCAAUGAAACAUUCAUGGCUUAGAGGAGCAGCGGUGAGUGAGAACGCGUGAGCAGCAGCAGGGACUCGAACAGUGAUUCUGGCAGUCUGCGCGAUGGUGGUGUGUCCGUGCGGCGUGAUGGUGCCCUCACCCGGGGGAGGACGAGCCCGCCGAGGCCCCAGGACGCCCAGCUGCUUCGACACCUCCGAGACAGUCACCUCCCAGCCCAAGGACAUGGAGGAGCCCGCCUCCGUGGAGAAGCUGACGGCAGCCAACAACAACGAGCAGACGGCGGGCAUCCCCCGGCCCGCCUCCAGGAACUCCAAGAACAAAGGAGUGGCGAGCAAGGGCGGCGAGGAGGCGAGGCUGGACCACUCCUCGCGGACUACCCUCGCCCUCGCCACCACGGAGUCAGGAAGGUACGUUGGCACCCGGCCCCUCAGGUCCAACCGCUCGCCUACUCCGACCCUGCACAGGAUCCCGCUCAAGAGCGCCGCUGACCAGAAACAAGCGGGCAAUGGGCGGCCCAGUAAGCACCUUCCAGCUGUGCGCACCUCCCCCGCAUCGCCCCAGGACCCUCAGGCGGCCCCGGCACACCUACGGGACAUGAACAGAGCCAAGGUGCCCCUGGCAGUGCCGAGAAAAAGCUCAUUGACUCAGAGGCUUAAUGAACUGAACGUCACUAACCAGAGAAGGCUACUGAAGCAGGAUCUCUCGCCUCAAAAGAAACAACUGCGCAGCGCCAGCCCACCGUCACCGCCCCUGGCCCACCACAACUCCCCCUUGUAUCAAAACAUUGUCCCCUCCACACCCACUACUUCCACGAGCCAAGAGGUUGUCUAUGAGAACCUCAAGCCCUACGCGAGGACCGGGGCCAAGGGGAUACUCGAGGAGGUGUCCGCGCCCACGCUUCCGGCCACCCCAGAGCCCGAGGGCACCACUGUCUGGCUGUCAGAGUCCUGGAAAUACAAUACCAUCAAGAAGGCGCCGGACUUCAACAUUUUCGAGAUAUCUGACGCUGAGUCCAGCACGAGCCGCGCCAGCACGAGUCGCGGUAGCUCCCUGUCACCAGCCCGGGGCAGGGCGAGGAACACCGCCUCCCCCGGGGCCUCAGACGCCGCCUCCAGCACUAGCCGCGGCAGCUCUUCAUCACCACGAAGGGACAAGAAGAAGCUGCAUAGUCGUCUGCCUAUGUUCAUACGGCAGAGGAAAGGGAAGGACAAGGAGGAAGACGCGACCCCCGCGCAAGUAGGGCGGCACGCCCCCCGAGGGGAUAGGAAGCGUGGCCACCACCCCCAGGGUGCCGGGAGUCCCGCCGGGGUGCAUGAGGCCAAGGCCCCGCGUGCCGGGGAAAAAGACGCCACUAAUCCUACGGAGCACAAAGGCUCAAGAGGCCCAGCAGGGAUUCCCGGAGACGUGCCCGCACACAAAGCCGCCUGUCAAUCAGAUGCCGGGGACGGCGCGUCUAGGGCGUCAAGGAGACUCUCCAAGGCUUUGUCCCACAACACCGUCAGCGAUUCCUCGGAUAACGAAGAGCGAUCAGUGAGGCGCGGCAGCCCACGAGGGCCCAGGCCGCCGCCAGGAGUCCCCACCGCCCACGGCAAGGAGGGCCUGGCCGGGGAGCUAGACGCUGCUGGCAAAUUGAUGAGAAAGGCGCCCAGCAGCACUCCCAGCGAGUCCUCAGACUACGACCCCGUCAGCCUCAGCACAGGCAGCUCCUGGCAGGACCUGACUCAAGACCUGAUCAGCGACUCCUCGGACGGCGAGGGCGGCAUCUGGCUGAGUCAGUGGGUGCAGGAGGCCCGCAGCAGAGCCAGGGCGUCCCUGGGCAGCGAGCAGGGGGUGUGGGCGGGUAUCGGGGCGGGGGCGGGGUGGCCUGGGUGGGAGCGCCGUGCAUCACCGGGCUGUUCCCGCGCGUCACCUUUAAUCUCCCCCGCCGCGUCCUUACGCUCCCUCCAGCCGGGCCGCCUCGACCACGGGGACCCGCCCCCCUCGCCCCGCCUGCCCCUCACACCCCCGGCCACACUCAGCAGGCUCAGGAAGACCCACGGGUGUCCUGGGGGCGUGACGGCAGGGUUCAGGAAGCAGGACGUGGCGGGCACCCUCAGCAGGGCGUCCCAAGCCCUCAGGGGCGAGGAGGGAGGCGUGCCGCGGCAGCCUGGCCACGCCCAGCCUGCCAAACACAACAACCACGCCCACCCCGCAACCCAUAACAACAGCAAGCCUGUUAGGCCCGUCCACCCUGCCAGCCCCGCCCACUCCAGCGCUGAUCCAGUCAGCCCUGCCCACCAAGCCAAGCACUCCAGUCCCGCCCACACCCCUGUCACCACCAAGACUGCCUUCCCCACCACCAACAUGACAAGCCCCGCCCACAGCACCAACCCAGCGACUGUCGCCCACACUUGUCACCCUAACACCCCCACCAACACCCCCAACACCGCCACCACCGCCACCACCCACGCCCCCUGCGCCACCAGUCCCGCCCACUCAGACUGGCGGGGGGCGGGGACAUCCGUGGCGGGGGCGGCGCACCACCACCACCACCACCCACAGGAUCCCAGCAGGAGCCUCCCCCAGCAGACAGGCUACGCCACGUUGCCCCGCCCCCACGCCCGCCCCGCAGCGCCUGCCCAGCCCCUGACGUCCCUCAGGCAGGAUGGCAGUGGCGCCCUUCGCCAGGAGGCGCCUCGCCCCCUACAGGCUCCGGGAGGCGCCGCGUGGAGGCCUCUGUCACAGGUCAUCGCCGCCACCCAGCCUGCCGCAGGCCAGGCCAGCUUCCUGUCCCCGCGCCGACUCCCCCGUGCUGCCGCCCCUGCCCCUCGGCCUGCUGCAGGACUCCCCGCCGCGGCGCCCCAGCCCCGCCUCCCCGGAGAGCGGCGUGGAUCUGGCCUCUGUGUGCAUCCUGUCCCUGGACGUGACGGUGGACUGCAGCCGCGAGGGUGACGCCGCGAGCACCUUCACCAUCGCCGACGUCACCGAGGUCAAGGCGACCGACGGCGACCUUCCGCAGGACAAUACCGAGGCUGCUGGCGGCCCCCGGGCAGGCCUCGCUGGGCCGAGGCCGUGAAGACAGCGCGGCGGGAGGCUGCCUGACGGCGAGCAGCAGCAGUGUGCUCUUUGACGAGAAGUAUUACGAGAAGGACGACUUUGAGCCGUGUCGCGACGGCGGCGGGGAGCAGCGCGCCACGCCCGAGAACGACCACGAUAACCUUGUGUCCUUCCUCAACCUGCAGAACCAGGGCGGCGUCCCCAAGAUGGCUGACAUCUUCCACAAUGAAGAGGAUGACUUCAUCGAGGUUGACUGCAACGUGCAGCCGAUGGAGGCGCUGAAAGCGGCCCCUGGUGUACGGCUACGGCGGCGCCCGCAGCGGCAGGCUGCUGCGAGGAGCGCCGCUGGGGGAGAAGAGGCUGUCGCGAGCCUCCAUUGCCUCAGACUACCUGGAGAUGGACCUGGUGGAGGCGCUGCUGGGCGUAGCGGGAACACCCAAGGACACCCCACACUAGCGGAAGUUGUCUUGAUCUGAAGGAGACUUACUGGGACCACUGGAUGGCGCGGCGCGAGGCGGUGGCGGGCGACCUGCUGCACAAAGGAAAGUUACAGGGGCACGGCGUCAAGCUGCCCAAGUGUGACUCCUCCAAGUUCUGUUACGACCCCGAGCUGCUCCUGGCGCAGGUGCGGUGCCCCAAAUCCCUGGAGGACGCCACCUUCAAGCAGUACUCCGCCUACGUCAAGUCGCACAUCUAUGAACACAUCGGGACGGUGCAGGAGGGCCUGAAGGAGUACGGCCUGGCGCGCCGUGCGCCUGACUUCAUGUGCAGCCAGCCCGACCUGCCUGGCCUGCGGGAGGCGGGCGUCUUUCCCCUGGACUACUCCAGCGAGCCCGAGCUGUGCACGGCAAGCCAGCCUCGCUCUCAGGGCCCGCGCCCGCCCCACGUCAGGGACAGGGACUCCUCCGUGGGACUCCGGCACUUGGUCCUACAGGCAAGGGUCUCAGGACUCCACCGCGGCGCCCCUCACCCCCCGCUCCUGCAUCCCCGCCUGUGCCCUUCCCAAGGUCUUCCUCGUCCCUGAGUCACGUGGCGGCGGUGACGGGCUGCGACCCCUGGCUCCACUUGCUGCCGGACGUGACGCCGCCCAGGGACCCCACGGCACAGUUUCUUGGGCCCUGCCGCUGCCCCAUCAGUAGUCAGCCCACGCCCCGCCUCCCCCAGUCCCUUGCGGUGCUCCGGGACCCCCCAGCCUCCUCGGACACCCGCCCGUCCCGCCAAUUCCGCCUCUCCUGCCCCAGCUGCCCCUGCCCCCCCGCCCACCCCAGGCCUCCAGACGCUCCUUCCUGCCCGGCCUGUCCAGCGUCAUGAGGGUCACCGCUAAGGAGGCAGAAUAAAGGCAAAAACAUGGAGGCCACAGAAGGAGGAGGAGGAGGAAGAGGAGGAGGAGGAGUGCCUGCGCCUUCUUCAGCGCCUCAUGUUUCAAUACAGAACCCGCAGGCUGACUAACAUCUCCGAGAAGUCUUCCUCGUCCUCCAAGUCUUCCUCCUCGUCCUCGUCGUCUUCGUCAGGCUCCAGCGUGGCGACAGUGAUUCAGGCCAUCCCGAACCCGCGAAGCAGAGGCGCCAAAUGGCUCAUGAAGCACUUCGGCGGCAAGACCAAACUGGCGGCGGUGUGAGCGGCGCGAGAGUUCAGGAUACGGUUCGAAACUUCAACACCCGGAGAUUUGAAACGGUAUCAUUGGUUCGAAAGGUUAGUGAAGUACCUAUCUGCUGAUUUUUAACGCAUUUCAUGAACCCGGAACUGAAUCUUAACUUACGUGUGACUCAGUAUUCUCAGAGGAUUCGGAGCAGCAGUGAAGCACGCGUUGGAAGCAUGAAAUAAAUGUAUCCACAGCUCAAAAGGAUCGUGAAGAAGAUGUUGGAAGGAGAAUUCAAAUGCGUUUGCGAAAAUGAAGCGUUGGAAUUAAAAAAAAAAUAAUAAAAAAAAUAAAAAAAUAAUAGCAUAAGUAUUCAAAAAAGUGUUCAGUUGUAUUUAGAAAAACGUGAUAAUGAUACCUUGCAAUCUGUAGACCCAGAGACACUGAAUCGGUGCAUAGAAAUAAAGGAAAGUGACUGCUACAGAAAACCAAUAAGGAAUCCAAGAGUAUAAACUGUUAAAACGUCGACUUGACGACCCCUUUACCACUACUGUUCUGCGAGAGUUGGAGAGGAGUCAACGGGAGGAGGAGAAAGAAGGAGCUGUUUCUGUAAUUAGUCCCGUAUAUAAUUACUAACUGGAUUUUAUAUUCUGACACUUCCCUAUAAAUUAAAUGAGGUAUAUGUUGUUAACUAUAAGAUAAUCCAUAGGCGUUUAGGAAGGCAAGGGAGAGAGAGAGAGGAAAUAAUAAUAAUAAUAAUAAUGAUAAUAAUAAUAACAAUAAUAAUCUUAGUCGUUAUGAAGUGUCGUCGGCUGUCAAACUGAUCAGUGGAGGUUGGGAUUCUAUAGCUUGUGUAAUUAAAGGGAAUCAUCAAGAAUUACUUCAUAUAUAACCUUAGAUGUUUACUGAAGGAAACCAACCCGCUUAUGUAGAUGUUAACUGAGACAAGACAUGCGCAGCUAUAGCAUCUAUGUAUGUGUGUAUGUAUGGAUGUAUGGGUGUGCGUGUGCGUGUGCGUGUGUGCGUGUGGGUGUGUGUUUUUCAAGGUGAUAACUCGAAACAACCAGGUGAUAUAAUCUUUAGUAAUAUAAUGGGCAAUGUUAACUGUUUUGAGCUUGUUAGCAGGAGAGGGAGAGGAGGAGGAGGAGGAGGAGGAGGAGGAGUAGAGUCCCCCCCCCGCACAAGAAAUAAAAUAAUAGUAAAUUCAGCAAGAUAAUUAUUACUCUCGUUUGUCUCCCUCUAGCGGGCGUGACCUUUAUUUAUUCAUUGUUAUUUUUAUGGUUAGUGAAGCUUCAUGUUUAUUGUUAUUGAUAUUAUUGUGGCUAUUUCCUUACCUGACCCUAAUCUAACUGACCUAACCUGACCUAACGUAACCUAAACUUAACCUAAUUUUGGAGUCGUGUUGUUAUUGUUAUUGAUAUUAUCGUGGUUAUCAUUCAUAUACCUUGCCUGACCCUAACCCAACCCAACUUGACCUGAUCUAUUAUCUAACCUGAAGUGAUCUUACCUAAUUUGACCUGACCCAAAAUUUAUUCAUUAUACUAAAGUACUUUUUUUUUAUAUCACCUAACCUAACCUAACCUAACCUAAACUGACUUCACCUAACUUAAUCUAAUCCAAACCGAGCCCAAUCCUAACCUGCCUUAUCAAAUCCUAACUUAACCUAACCUAACCUAACCUAACUUAACCUAACCUAACUUAACCUAACCUAACCUGACCCAGCCCAAACUUGAACUAAACCAAGCCAAACCAAACCUAAACUAACCUGACAAUGAAAAACAACAACAACAACAACAACAACAACAACAGCCACAAUAAUACCACAUUGACAAAAGAAGACAAGGCAGUAUUACCAGCUAGAGAGCAACCCUUAGAGCCCGCUAGAGUGAAACGCAGAAAAGUAUGAUAUUUCUGUUCCCAAGAGAUGCUGUCUGCUGUAUUAUUGCAGUGCUAUUGAUAAUGGUAACCCCGACGGACAGAACGAUGAUCUAAGACAGUGAUUAUAGAUCUGUAGUGUUUAUUUUCAUAUAAUAUACACCAUGCUUAAGAUAGAUGAAAGAUAGGUCAUUAGGUCGCUGUGAUUCUUUCUUCUUUCUUUUUCUGCUGUUUCCUGUUGUCUCUUUCUCUCUUCCUCUCUCUCUUUUUCGCGAGUUGUUUUUGUUAUUUUCAUAGUUUAUUGUAUUGCAGUAUUGAUGACCUUCAUAUUUCCCUCUCUCUCUCUCUCUCUCUCUCUCUCUCUCUCUCUCUCUCUCUCUCUCUCUCUCUCCUCUCUCUCUCUCUCUCUCUCUCUCUCAGUUUUAUUCGUUUCAACAUCAUUUCCUUCUUCCAUUUCAAGUUUUCUCUCUUUUCUUUUUUUCCGUAUUUCCCUACACCUCUAUUUCUCUCUUUCUAACAUUCUCUUUCUUUCUCUUUCGUAUAUACACAUAUACACCUUUUAGCACCUCUCUCUCUCUCUCUCUCUCUCUCUCUCUCUCUCUCUCUCUCUCUCUCUCUCUCUCUCUCUCUCUCUCUGUCCUAUACCUGAGAGCCUUAACAUAUCAAUAAAGAAUGAAAUAAAUUAA